AUGCAGCUCUUCGAGACCGUUAAUUCUUUUCUGGCACAGUUCGUCUUGAAUUCGACAACAGCGUUUUUGACGUCUUCCCCACAGAGUACUCCCCUAGUUAACGUGAAGAAUGGCACUCUAGCUGGUGUGCAUAAUGCCGCCUUCAAUCAAGAUUUCUUCUUCGGGAUCCCCUUUGCCACCCCUCCAGUUGGCAAGCAUCGCCUCCAACGACCAGAGCCGCCACAAGCUUGGAAUGGCACGAGGAACGCAGACGUCCACAGUCCUUGGUGUGCUGGUAGUUCGCAGCUCGUAGGGCAUCUCCCAGGCUUCACACAAUCUUUUGAUAGUGUAGCGCCUACAAGCGAAGAUUGUCUUUACUUGGAUAUCGUGCGACCCGCGACUGCGCUGCCUGAGCAGGCACCGCUGCCUGAGCAGGCAUCACUGCCUGUGUUGGUAUGGAUCCAUGGAGGAGGCUGGGUUACUGGCAGUGGUACUGAUCCACGAUACAAUGGGUCUUUCCUGGUGCAAAAGUCUGUGAAGAUGGAAACGCCCAUCAUAUAUGUCAGCAUAAACUACCGACUAGGCACAUUUGGGUUCUUAGCAGGCUCAGCGAUUGAGGCAGCUGGUUUAACGAACAAUGGGCUACGUGACCAGCGUCAGGCAUUACUUUGGAUCCAAGAGAAUAUCGCUGCAUUUGGUGGGGAUCCAGAUCGGGUAACACUCUUCGGCGAGUCAGCUGGUGCUGCCUCGAUAGGACAACAACUCAUUGCAUUUGGAGGAAGGGACGACAAUCUCUUUCAUGGGGCAAUUAUGCAAAGCGGAUUUGCAGCUACAGCCCAUCCACUUGCCGAUGCUCCUACUAGGGAGAACGCUUUCCAGGGGAUUCUCAACGCAACUGGGUGCCUUACUUCUCAAGACUCUAUUGCUUGCCUCCAAGCUGUGCCGACAGAAAUUCUUGGGCUCGCAAGUCCUCCGCGGAUGAUCCUCAUCACCACCAACGAUGAUUUUUUCCCGGAGCUUCCCUCCAAAUCAUUGGAGGAUGGUCAUUUCCUCAAAGUCCCAAUCAUCGCCGGAAUAAAUAGGAACGAGGGUACUGCACUUAUGGCCAUGAUCAUCGCAGGACUGGACAUGUCAUUGAAUACCUUUGAAGAGUUCGCAGCGUUGUUCGCAGGCCGUGAUUUCCCUGCGGCUGCAAUACGCAAGCUUUGGGAUCUGUACGGAGACGAAAUUGAAAACCCCACAGAAGCAGGCCUGGGUCCUAUCUCGCCAUCGCAAGCUGCACCGCUGGGUCUUGAGUUUUCCCGCACUUCGCUAUGGCAUGGCGACAACUUAUUUACAUUUCCCAAACGCCACACAAAUCAGAUCUGGAGCGGUUUCGGUGUCCCGAGCUAUAGCUAUUUCUUUGACAUUACACCUGACGAGUCGUUUCUAGAUCCAGCCAUAUACGGUGUGCCACAUUUUGCGGAGAUUGCCUACGUCUUCGGCAAUGCUGAGGCUGUAGGAUGGGAGAAGAAUCCAAUUCCCCAGGAGUCUGACAAGGCUGAUGCUGCUGAGAUGAUGGACCUUAUCAGUCGCAUGUGGAUCAGUUUUACGGUAACGGGCUCGCCCAAUAAUCACAAUAUCUAUUUCGUUUAG